AUAAAUGAUUGGCGGCCAUGUACCCUCGUUGUCCCAGUUUUCCCUCGGUUCUUCAGCUUCCGGCUGGCUAGCUGUCCAACUCUGUUCCUCGGUUCGUUUGGUUAUUUACGGCGUGCAAAGCGAACAGCAGCCAAGGAUUUAUAGGUGAGAGCGUGCAGACUGCCGCCUGCAAUAUGCAAAUUGAUGGAUCUUCCAGGCCGGGUCAUGUCCAUAUGCCCCCUCGGGCCGAGAACUAAAAGCCCAGGCUUAAGCUUGUUCCCUGAUUGAGAUGCUAUAGGGAUAUAGAGAUAUUUGGUGCCCACCUGCCCACCUGCACAUCCCAUCACAUCGCUCUGUUCAACAUCAUUUUUCAUAACGAGCUAGCUGGGCUAAUAAAAAUUAAUUGAUACAUCAGCAGGAACAGCUUUAGUUGCCCUCCCCGAUCCCGAUACCGAUUAGAAUCAGUUCCAGGAGGGCGCACACACAAAGGUGUUAAUGCCAAUGCUACUGUGCCAGUGUUAUUAUUGCUGUUUUGCUGGCUGUUCGGCACGCGCCAAUGUUUACACGGCUGAUGGCACAGGCGACACAGAACCCGCUCGACCAUAUGCGACCUGGCCAAGAGCAGGAAUCAAAACAAUCAGCCAGCAACGGCUGCUAGGAGGAGGAGGUGGAGGUGGUAGAGCAAUCGCUAUACGAUACGCCCACAUACGGACACGAUGCCACAAUAAGCCACACAGUUGAUUCCACCUCAGUCAGUUAGCGAAAUGCGUUUGGGAUGGUUUGUGUUCCUAAACUGCUGCCUAGUUUGGCAAAUGUCAGUGGCCGAGUUAGUUUACAAGAUUAACAAAAUCGAAUGCCAGGCCAAUAAGGCACGAGUCAGGGAUGUCUCCUGUCGUGUGAAGGCGAUCAAUUGGAAUAUGGCCGUGGUCAAUAUGGAUUGCCUCUUAAUAUUGCCAGUCGUAAGCCCAGUUGUCCGACUGCAAGUUUUUUUGAAGGACUAUUCCAAUCAGUACAAGCCAUUUCUAAUUGACGUCACUUUCAAGCUAUGCGAGGUGGUCAAUAGGAAAAACUUUAUACCAUAUGGCGUCAUAUUCUGGAACAUAUUGAAACGGUUCACGACUAUCAACGAAUCAUGCAGAUUAUCGGGACAUUUAAGUGCAAAGAAUGGAUAUCUAGACGCCAGUUAUCUUCCGCCAUUCCCCCACGGAAUCUACCAAUUCAGUUUUAUGUUUAGUGAUAAAAAUUUUACAAGUACUGACAUUUUGGGAAAUGUUAAGCUUUUUAUUGAAUCCAUGGAUCGAAUUAAGAGUAAGAAGUUCAGAGACUAG